AUGGUGCAGUGCCCGCGGUGUCGCGCCAUCCUGCAGGAGCCGCCCAUGGGGCACCCCUUCUACAAGUGCGGCAGCUGCCUCACCGUCCUGCAAGGUGCCCCCUCCGCCUGCCCUCCCGCCACGCCCCCCGCUUGCCCUCCCGCCCCGCCACCCGCUUGCCCUCCCGCCCCGGCUCUCUCCUCCCCCACUUCGUUCGCUCCCUGCAUUCUCACCUUGCAAACCCCGAAGCACGCGGUGGGCGUGGGGGGUCCGCGUCAUCCGGUGGGCGUGGAGGUGUCGCUGCCGCGCGCCUCCUCCUCCGCCAACCUCUCUGCGCCUUCCGCUGCAGCACCGCGCGGAGAGGGCGAGGAGCAGCGGGAAGCCGCGGGAGCAGCGGGUGCGGGCGGCGAGGGGGCGAGGUUCAGCCAUGACUACAGCAGGGGCGCUGGGGGGGGCGACACAGAGAGGCAUGUGUCGCAGCAGUCGCCGCAGCAGUCGCCCGCGCACGCGAUGGUGCCUCGCCAGCGCACCAUGCCUUCGCGCCUCUUCCCCGCCGCCCACUCCGCCCACUCGCCCUCCCCAUUCUCCCUCGCCGCGCCCUCCUCCCCCGGCCCCAGUCGCCCCGGCAGCACCGACCGCCCCGCAACCCCAAGCGGAGCAGAGGGGGCGGAGAGCGACAGCGAGCGCGCGGGGCAAGGCGCGCUCCCCCGCCAGACCACUCUCCCCCCGCGCUUCCCGCACGCCUCCCGCUUCGCACAGCCUCUGGGCCAGCCGCCUCCGGGCCUGCGCACGGCCUCCCCAGACCCGCGCGCGCCUGCAGCAGCGGAGGCGAGCCGGGGGAGGGAGCGGGGCAGUGGGGCGGAAGGGGAGGAAGAGGGGAGCGGAGGCGAGGAGGGGGAGGACGUGUCGGAGCUGCGGCGGCAGGUGACGAUGCCAGGGGGGGCGGCGGGGGAGGGCGGGCGGUGGCGGGAGAUGGGCGCGCCGAGCAGGGGGCUGCUGAGACAGCUGACAGACCCCCAGGAGAACCGACCCACCGCCAGAGUGGUGCAGAGCGGUGAGGCAGGAGGGUCGAGCGAGGGGGCGGACGGGCAGGAGAGGGAGGGCGGAGGCAUGGGCGCGGGCAUGGGCAUGGGCGCGAGGGCAGGCGAGUGGGGUGAGGGUGCGACGGCAGCAGGGUCGAGCGUGGGGGCAUCGCCCUCGCUGCUCCACAUUCUCACACGGCAGCGGUCGCAGCACAGCAGAGCAGGCGAGCACGAGAGGGGCGCAGGGCGGGGCGAGGAGGACGAGGGGGAGGAGGAGCACGGGAUUGGGGGAGCGAAAAGAGCGGCAGAGAGGGGGGGAGUAGCAGGCAUGGGUGGUAUGAGCGGUGGCGGGCGUGGGGGAGGGGGGAAGGUCAGGGGCAGUCAUGAGGGGCCGUACCUGGUGCGGCUGAAGGGCGAGGACGAGGGGGAGGAGGGUGGGGGAGAGCUUGUGGGGCGCAGUGAGUGGCGUGGUGGCAGCGCCGCCAGUAGCAGGCACUCUUACUACUCAAACCCUGACCUGAGCAUGGCUAUGAAUGGCAUGAGCAUGGGCAUGGAUGGCGGGGGCAUGGGCAUGGAUGGCAUGGGUGCGGGCAGCAGCAGCAGCAGCAGCAGCAGUGCUCUCAUCCGCCAGCGCACCAUGCCUCUGCCCUGCCCCUCCCACCGUGCGCUCUCAGCUGCGCCCUCGCUCCUCCCCGGUCACUCCCCCACGCCCUCCCCCAUGGUGGGCGCAACACACAGCGCGGGCACCAGCGCGGGCAGCCCCUAUGCCUCCGCGGACGCCCCCUCGUGGCUGCCCCGCCAGCACACCAUGCCCGCCUCCCUGCCCCCCCCUGUGCCCGCCCCUUCCUCCCCCGCGCCCGCCUCCCCCGCCUCCGCCUCCAGAACCGCUGCAGGGGCAGGGGCAGGCGCAGGGGGAGGCACAGGGGCGGAGGCGGGCGGGGCGGGCGGGGGGAAGGGGCUGAGGGAGCGGCGGCCGCUGGCUUCAAAGCUAAAGGCGCUGCUGGAGUUGAAGCCGCUGAGAGGGGCGGGGGGGGAGGGCGCGGGCGAGGGGGGCAAGGGGGCGAGUGCAUGGCGGCUGGGGGCCGUGGGGCAGGUGAGCCCGCUGCAGGGCGCUGCCCGGUACGUGCAGCAGGCCUUCGCCCCCCGCUCGCCCAAACCCGCCAAGGCAGCGCACGCGCAGAGGGAGCGAGGCCGGGAGGGGGUGGGUAGUGGAGGUGUGGCAGGAGGGAGGGGCGAUGAGGGCGCGGGCAGAGGGGUGGGGAAUGGUAUGGGCGAGGGGAUGGGGGAAGAGGAGGAGGGCGAGCAGUGGGGGAUGCAGGGGGUGGUGGCGCGGAGGAGAGGAGGGGUGGAGGAGCAGGAGGUGUGGAACAGCGGUGCUGUUGCCAUGUCGGAAGGCAGAGGCAUGGGGGCCGGGGGCAUGCAGCCACACAUGGGCGUGGGCGUGGGGAUGGGGUUGCAGUCUUAUUCCAUGCACAUGGGCCCUCCCAGAGGCGUGGGGAUGGGCAUGGGCGUAGGCAUGGGGGUGCAGUCGAAUUCAAUGCACAUGGGCCCGCCAACAGGCGUGGGCAUGGGCGUGGGCAUGGGGGUGCAGUCAUACUCCAUGCACAUGGGCAUGCCCUUGCGCUCCGCCUCCCAUGCACAGCCCAUGGCAGGGGAACCAGGCAUGGGGACGGGCAUGGGUGGCGGCAGGAGGAGCAUGGGGGGAGGUGGGGGCGCAAGGGAGGAAGCAAGGCCGACGGUGGGGGAGGAGGUGUACAGGAGGAGCGCGAGCUGGAGGGGCGUGGAGGAGGGCGGGGCCAUGGGGGCAAUGGUGCAGGCGGGCGGCAGGGACCAGGCUGGCGCCAUGGGAGGGCAGGAGGCAGCGGGGUGGGGCAGUGGGGACGCGAGGAGUUGGGGCAGUGCGGGCAACGUGGCAGCAGCCGGGCGAGGAGACGCGUACGGGGCGGAGCAGAGCUUGGAUCGCCGCGCUGACGGCCAUAGUGUGGGCAGCGCCACCCCCCAGCAGCAGCAGCAGCAGCAGCAGCAGCAGCAGCAGCAGCAGCAGCAGCAUAUGAGAUUUCUCAAGAGUGAUACAGCAGCGGGGCGCAUGGAGGGCGAGCGAGCAGCAGGGGCGGGUGCGGGGCCCACAGGCAGUGAGGGCCAGGCGUCGUCCCAGGUGCCACCGGACCUGCCGUGGCUGCCCCCGCCAGACGCCCCCCAGUUCGUGCAGGUCAGUCAGAGCGGGGGAUGGGUGAGCGCACAUGAGCGCCUGCACUUGCCAGCACUGUGGGCAGAUGCUAGCAGUGCCGCAGAAUCUGCCGCGCAGCCGCAAGAACAAAAUGGUGCAGCGCCUCAGCGGGCGGCGGAUUCCCCGGUGAUGAAGCGCCUGCAGAACGGGGCACGGGCGAGAGGCACUUGGGAGGAGGAGGCGCAGCAGCGGGGGGCGGCAGGAGCGGGUGGCAGAGUGCAGGGCGGGCUGGAGGAGGAGCUGGGGGCGAGGUGGCAGGGGGAGGGGCAGUGGCGGGCCGGGCGGCAGGAGUCGUAUGGGAGUGGGAGUGGGGGAGAGGCGUACUGGGAGGAGGGGGGGUCGUAUGGGAGGGGUGUGGUGGUGAAUGACAGCCCUGUUGCUGAUGGGCUCGUGGCCCAGGCUGAAGUCACUGCCGGCCCCAUCCUCCCCGGCCACUACUGGUACGACCACAGAGCUGGCUUCUGGGGGGUCGUGGGCGGCCCGUGUCUCGGCAUCAUCCCCGCGCGUCUGCCACAGUUCCCAGAGGUCAUGCAGCGAGAGUGUUCGGGCGGCAGGACGGGAGUGGUGGUGAACGGCAGGGAGCUGCAGCGCCGCGACCUCGACCCUCUUGUGCGCCGCGGCGUGCCAGCGGUGCCGCACCGCGCUUACCUGUUGGACCAAGACGGCCGCGUGCUGGACGCCGCCUCCGGUGCCCUCGUCGCCAACCUCGGCCCCCUCGCCCCCUCGUGA